AUGGAUGGACAAUCCGCCGCUGAACUAAUAAAUUCGCCUUCGCUACACCACGAUGCUCCGAGGAUGCAGUAUCGCAACCGACCGGUGUCUGUCGCCGUUGACCCCAUUUCACUGGUCAUAUCCGAAUGUAUAUCAAUAACUUCUGCAGUUCAAAAGCAUGCUAGAUCGCCGCACUCCUCAGUAUCAGCGAUUCUAGGUGGCAACCCGAAUUUAAUACAGUUUGGUACAGCCGGCCCUGUAUUGAAAACUCGACAGAAAGCGUUGACUGCAAGCAUUGGAGGUGCCGACAACGCCGACGACGCAACAUCUGCAAACAACCGAUGGGGUCUGCGUGGGCAGAAGGGAAAGAGCAUGCAAGAUAACCCCAUGAUUGCAGCCUUUGGCAAGCUUCGACACGAGAUUGCGGCAGUCAAAGAUGUUCGCACGUUUGAUGCACCGUCGUUGCUAGCGCCUUUUCUCCUUGUUAUCCAAGCCAAAGGGACUGCAGCUCCUAUUACGAUUCUCGCCCUCGGAGCCCUCAGAAAAUUCUUGGCUUAUGGUUUUGUCUGUUCUGACUCGCCUAGAUUCGCACUUGCUAUGCAAUCUCUUUCUGCAGCUGUGACACAUUGUCAAUUUGAUAUCAGUGAUUCAUCUCAGGGCGAGGUGGUUCUUCUGAUGAUUCUUAAUCUUAUGGAAGACAUGAUGUCCGGUCCUGGUGGUCAUAUUUUAAGCGAUGAAAGUGUCUGCGACAUGAUGGGUCGCGGUUUAGCGAUUUGCUCUCAACCCAGGUUCUCAGCAGUGCUACGCAGAACAGCCGAGGCUGCUAUGGUUCGCAUGUGUCAAAUUAUAUUUGAAGAUGUCAAGCAUCUUGAGCUGGAACCUGGCCAGGAGAAUGACGGACUUGAGCAGCGUGUCCAGGAGGACUUGGCCAACUUGAGACUUGAAGAACCUGGUCAAUCCGAGAAUGAAGGAAGCGCCCCAAACUCCAAGGAUUCGAACUCGCCUCGAAGAGAUGCACUGACUGGUGAUGAUGAUGAACAUGGAGACGCGGCGCCUGCAUCUCAGAGUGUCAAAGAUACCUCAAGCGAACGAACUGAAGAAACGGAGUCUGUAGAUCUCAAACCUUAUUCCUUCCCCUCUGUUCGAGAACUUUUUCGAGUUCUUGUUAACUUCCUUGAUCCGAAUGAUCGACAACACACAGACACAAUGAGAGUGAUGGCAAUGCGAAUUCUGCAUGUAGCUUUGGAAGUUUCAGGGCCGUUCAUUGCCCGACACCCGGCACUGGCGACGAUUGCAGAGGAUCGACUGUGCUGCUAUCUCUUUCAACUCGUCAGAUCUGACAACAUGGCUGUACUACAGGAGUCAUUGAUUGUCACGGGUACAUUGCUGGCUACAUGCAGAGGGGUGCUGAAGUUACAACAAGAACUGUAUUUAUCCUACUUAGUUGCAUGCUUGCACCCUACAGUCCAGAUUCCGCGAGAGCCAGGCAUUGAUCCUUCACUGUACAUUGGGAUACCGGAGACACCAAAGCUUGUCAAACCUCCGCCCUCACAGGCUAGUAGUGGCCGCGCUACUCCAGUUUCCGUGAAGGAUAGGCAGAAGCUUGGUUUAGAAGGAGGUGCUCGCAAGCCUGAUGCAAGGCAAGCGAUGGUCGAGACCAUAGGUGUUCUGUCCCGAAUGCCAACGUUUGUUGCCGAGCUGUUCGUGAACUACGACUGCGAUGUGGAUAGAGCGGAUCUGUGCGAAGAUAUUAUCGGUUUACUCUCGCGAAAUGCGCUGCCUGAUUCAGCAACAUGGAGCACAACUAGUGUCCCGCCGCUAUGCCUCGACGCCCUGCUUCGUUAUAUCCAAUUUUUGGCCGAAAGACUGGAAGAUGAUCCGAUUAAUGCAGGGUUUCCACAACCAUCGCAUCUUCGGGAGCAGAGACGAAAGAAAAGAAUCAUUGUCAAAGGGACUAGCAAGUUCAAUGAGAAACCGAAGCUGGGGCUUGGCUACUUGGAGGCUCAGGGAAUCAUAUCCGAUGCCAAUAAUCCUACGGAGGUGGCGAAAUUCCUCAAGGGAACUUCACGGGUUUCUAAAUCAGUCUUAGGUGACUAUCUUUCGAAGAAGGGAAAUGAAGCAAUUCUGAAAGCGUUCCUAGAUCUCUUCGACUUUUCUGGCAAGCGGGUAGAUGAGGCACUGAGAGUUCUUCUAGAAACAUUCAGGCUGCCUGGUGAAGCACCGCUUAUCGCGUCAAUAGUUGAAUGCUUUUCGGAGAAGUAUUGCGCGGACGACACGCCUAAUGAUGUAGCCAACAAAGACGCUGUGUUCAUAUUGAGUUACGCGAUAAUCAUCUUGAAUACCGACCAGCACAACCCAAAUCUCAAAUCCGCCAAAAGAAUGACCUUUGAGGACUUUUCAAGAAAUCUUCGUGGUACAAAUGAUGGAAAAGACUUCGCCGUAGAGUUUCUUCAAGCAAUUUUUAACUCGAUCAAGUCUGAUGAAAUCAUCCUGCCUGACGAGCAUGAUAACAAGCAUGCGUUCGACUACGCAUGGAGGGAACUCUUACUGAAAACCGAAACGGUGGGAGAUCUGGUUAUCUGCAAUACGAACAUAUACGAUGCUGAUAUGUUUGCUGCUACAUGGAAGCCAAUUGUUUCAACCCUUUCGUAUGUUUUCAUGUCUGCGACUGACGAUGCGGUUUUCGCUAGAAUCGUCACUGGCUUCGAUGAAUGUGCCCGUAUCGCAGCCAAGUACAAAAACUCUGAUGCCCUGGACCAGAUAAUAUACUGUCUCAGCCACAUGAGUACACUUGCCACAGCCAAUACUUUCAACACGUCCUUGAACACAGAGAUUCAAGUUGGAGAUGGGAGUGUGAUGGUCAGUGAGCUAGCCGUCAAGCUUGGCCGGGACUUCCGUGCACAGCUAGCCACACUCGUUUUGUUUCGUGUGAUUACUGGGAACGAGGCGCUGAUUCAGCAAGGAUGGAAGCAAGUUGUACAAAUUUGGGUGAACCUUUUUGUCAACUCACUAAUACCAUCAUUCGCCGCCGCGAGUAAAUUCUCGUUAACGAUACAGGGAAUUCCUCUGCAAAUGCCAUCCCAGAUCAUAGACCGGGCCACGCGAACUGCUGAAACGGGGUUCUUCAGCGCUUUCACUUCUUACAUAUCCAGCUAUGCGGCUGACGACCCCCCGGAGCCGUCAGAAGAGGAACUAGAGAGUACAUUGUGCACUGUCGAUUGCAUUAAGUCGUGCAAUAUGGAGCAAAUUUUUCAAAAUAUAUUCAAUCUCUCUGCUCCUAUAGCCGCAGAACUGGUGCAGAUGCUUCUUGAACAGAUUCCUGAGGACGAUCAAGCGGCAGUCAUUACAGUCAAGCAAGAUUCCACCGGGCCCGUGUCAGCAAAUACUCAGGUUCAGGCUGCCGUGCAGCCAAAAUAUGAUCCUAGCGUCGCUUACAUCUUGGAAUUUUGUACAAUAUUAGCCGUUCGGACCGAUGAAUGCAUCAAGCUCAUGGGCAAGACGGUGUUCGAUGUCGUGCUGGGAUUGCUACGGGAUCCCGCGCAGUGGCAUCCUAUUACCUUGUCCCGGGCAAUAUUCCACGCCCUAUCCAUUCUCAAGAGCAGUUAUGACCAUGACUUUGUCAAGGUACACUCCUUGCUCCAUACGAUUGCCAAUUUGCCACAGCAAGUCAUAGCAAAGUCUUCCGAUACUACUCUGAGUGGGCUUGCCGCUUGCACAGAAGAGCCUGGUCCACUUCGGAGCGAAAUUAUGAAGUCUCCUGAUUUUUGGGCUAUUCUUCGCAUUUUAGCAGGAAAUCCGGACUGUGCUACGUCUGUACUUGCAAUCUUGGAGAACGGUGCGACUGGGAAUCCACCGGCUAUUGUUGCAGACAACUAUGAAGCUGCUAUCGCUCUUUUAAACUUCUUUGCAUCUGCUGCAGCUCCCACUGAGCCGUCUGAGUUGAAUUCAGUACCAAGUCAGCGCAGAUUACAGAAGCCUUUCAAACCAGACAUCCGGCAACUCGCAUUCUCUGCCAUGCAACGCUCGCUUCUGUCCCCAGAGGUAACGCUUACGGACGCAAAGGAAUGGACGGCCAUUUUCGGUAGGGUAUUGUUCCCUUUGAUACAAAUACUUCUCAAGCCAGAAGUCUUUUCCUCAGACAGAGAUGGCAUGAGCGAGAUGCGAGUGCAGUGCGCAUCGCUUCUUUGCAAAGUUUUUUUGCAAUACUUAGUACUGCUUUCUGGAUGGGAUGGGAUGCUUGACCUGUGGGUUAAAAUUAUUGACAUAAUGGAUCGUCUUAUGAACAGUGGUCAAGGUGACAGCUUGGAGGAAGCAGUGAGAGAGAAUUUGAAGAAUGUCGUAUUGUUCAUGGCGAGCAGUGGGUAUCUUGUCCCUCCAUCACAAGAUGCAUCCAAACAGACGCUGUGGGACGAGACGUGGAAGCGGGUGGAUCGCUUCCUACCAGAGUUGCGAAGCGACCUUGCCUCAGAGGACCUUGGAACCAGGUCCAGUACAGAUAAGGUCCAAAGCGAGGGUGGAGAUGGAGAGAAUGAACAGGAGGAAACCACAGAGCAAGCUGAUGAAUUUGCUGAUGGUGUGGGCGACGGAGAAAGUGACCAAAGAAAAUGA